CUGCCCCUCCUCUGUUGGCACCCCCCAAGUUCCGUGAAAAACGUCAUGGCCGCAUCCGAUCUCGCUAGUGAUGUAUUUACUUUUUAAGCUUCAUUUUUUACCGUCUUUUGAAUAAAGAACGACAACUUUAUCAUAAAUGAUUGUUAAGUGCUCUAGUUAUUUUAGUGUUACUCGUCACUUCAAAUAUCCGAGAUCCAGCCGUCAUCAAUGCUGAAACAACUGCAAAUGGGCCUUCGUGCGUUCCUUCUACUAGCAUCUAGAGUUUGGAGCUGCAUCAGUUUCCUUUUGAAAAAACAGGUUAGAUCUUUUCAGCACCAUCAACCAGUUAGAUAUGAAAUAUAUCCACUUUCUCCGCUUUCAAGACACCGGCUGAGUCUUGUGAAAAGGAAAGUACUGGUGCUAGAUCUAGAUGAAACAUUGAUUCACUCCUACCAUGAUGGAGUCGUGCGGACAACUGUCAAACCUGUUAUUCCUCCUGACUUCGUUCUCAAAGUUGUAAUAGACACUCAUCCGGUUCGAUUUUUUGUUCAUAAGCGACCUCAUGUGGAUUUUUUCCUAGACAUUGUUUCUCAGUGGUAUGAAUUAGUUGUAUUCACAGCUAGUAUGGAAAUUUAUGGUGCUGCAGUUGCGGAUAUAUUAGAUAAUAAUCGAGGAAUUUUACGGAAACGAUUCUAUCGACAACACUGCACACCUGAGUCAGGGUGUUAUACCAAAGACCUUUCUGCCAUUUGCAGUGACCUAUCUAGUAUAUUUAUUCUUGACAAUUCUCCUGGAGCUUACCGAUCUCAUCCAGAGAAUGCCAUUCCUAUCAGAUCAUGGACUCAAGACCCUAGUGAUACUGCAUUGUUAAGUCUUUUACCUGUCUUAGAUGCCCUAAGGUUUACCCAAGAUGUUCGCUCUGUGCUCAGCAGAAAUUUGCACCUUCACCGAUCAUGGUAGCAAUUUUCAAUUUUGUCAUACAGAUGACUUUGGCACAGCAUUGCGGACAUACGUUCACAAAUACUCAAAUCUUUUUACCACAUAGUUUAUCCUAUUCUCAUUGAAGCUCUGUAAUAUUUGGACUAUUUGAAUACUAUCUAUAAGCUGUUCCACUUUAUAUGCCCCCUCCCCUCCAUUGUUUCUUUGUAAUUUUUUCACCUGUUUUUGUAGUAUCAGCUAAGUUCGUGCAAAAGCACUCUAUGCUCUGUCACAAUGUAGUUGUCCCCAAGAAAAUAAUGUUAAUUUUUUUUAUCUUGUCUUAAGCACAAAGUUUGAACAUGUACAUUUAAUAGACCAUCUUCAAAUCUAGAGAGAUCGCAGUCGAAAGAACACUGCAUGUAAAACCAGGGAAUUCAGUGUUGGCUAAAUAUCAUUAUUCGACUUGAUGUUCUUUACAACCCACCUAGAGAGAUAAGCUUCAAAAUUUGAAUUUACUAAGUGCCAGUUUUAAGGAGAGCAGAACUAAAAAUUGAAUUUUUCAGCUUUUUUACACAUAUUAUUUUACUAAAAAUGUUGGUGAUAAAGGAAAUACCCUCUUUCCUUACCACACCCCUGUGGGGAAGAUACAACUGUCGUAUCAACUGCGUCAGAACAAAAGGCCUGACCUAGCAGCAGUGCCACAUUGUCUGAGCAAAGAUGUUUAAACAUGCCAUAAAAUUCACUCUUCAGCGCCAUGUAACUUGUAAGUGGCCCACAGAAAGUUCGAUUUCAAAAGUGCAUCGUGUUUAGGAAGUUGUAAAAAACAUCAAAUGAAAUACUUAUCCACAAAUAUUUUGUGUCGAAUCAAUUUUAUCGGCUACGAAUCUCUUGGUUUUACUUGAAGAGUUCAUUUAUGCUCCUGUUCUUUAUGAAGUGUGAAAAUUUCAAAUUCUUUUCUCCAAUGUUACAUGAAGGAUUUAAACAUAUUUUUCUCUCCUCUGCACAGAAGUUUAGACUCUGAUUUUUUUCGUGAGUCUGCAAUAUCUGCCUAUCUUUUUUUUCUUUUUUCUCCUCCUUUUAUAUUUCAUUGUUUUCGUGUCGAAGUCAAAACUAAUAUAUCAAAUGAAAUUUUCUUUUUGCUGACAACAUUAACUUUUUCUUUCUCAAAGGAAAAAUUAAACGUUUUGUAUACAUUAAGAAACUGGAAAAUUCUCUAAUAAAAUAUUUCCGAACUCCUAGAUAUUUGACUGUUUCUGAUACCUCUUAAUAUCGGUUUUAACUAUUAGCAGUGUGGGAAAAUUGUGAUUUUCCCAAGUAACAUUUACAUUCUAAGUAGAUUUUGACAUUGGAAGUGAGCCAACAGACGAAACAUUGUUCCUAAUAGCUCUUUAGGUGAGCGUUGUUCUAUCUCAGUUCAGAAACCAAGGAAUUAACUUUUCCUCCAAAAUAUGAACCUCCUUAAGUUUUACCUUGAAACUUACUCCCCAUAUCCUGUCGCUUAGUAGUAUCCAUUAAUUGUCAUCCUUGUAACCAUAUCAUGUUAAAUAAUUUGUGAGGAGAGGAAUUUUUCAGUUGUCCACGCCUUCAAAGGGUUUUUUUUUUUAUUUUAUUUUAUUUUUUUUAUUUUUUUAAAGUGAUAAAUUUUGGACAUGAACAAUGAAAUUAUUCCUGAAUAUGUUCUAAAAGAAAGAAAAUGCAUGCAGAUCAUUGUAUUAUCACAGCGACACCAAGAAUUUUUACUUUGAGACAGCUUGAUCUGAAAUGCCAAAUGCUAUCAAGUGAUGAGAAAUCAGUCAUAGAAAUUUUCAUUUCAUGAUGGUGAAAAUUGUCCAAUCUUAAGCAAGUAAACUGAAGAAAAGUAUUUCAUCUUUUCGAUAGUUGAAAGGGUCAUACCUUAGUCAGUCAAAAUACUUGAACACACAGAAAAUAGAUGAUCGUUUGGGAAAUUAUCAUGUUUCUGCUGCUCUAAAAGCAGCAUAGUUGCAUCUAAAAUCAAGAAGUGUUUCUAUUCAUCCCUUUGGGCAUUAUCAUUUUGAUACUGAAAUCGCAAAUCCUUCCAAUUCAACAUCUCGGGGUAAUAGGGACUACCCAACCUAUGUGAGACGAUUUAUUUUGCGAAAAAGCUUCUCUCCGAUCCUUGAAGAGCUCUGAUUGACAAAACUGCAGUUUUAAAAAAAUCCCAACAAUACUUCCAAUCUAAAAUGAUUGUAUUUUUCUAAGACUUAAGAUUUAUUCGUUUUGACUUACAAAAUUCAGAUACUAAGCUCCUAGAUCCUAGUAAUAGUACAUAAGAAGAGAUAUGUUCAGGGCUACACAAAGCUCUUUUCACAAAACUUUGCUUCAUAUUGCUCUCCGGUUUUGAUUUCUUUUUUAUGCUUGUCAUGAUAAAAGAAUAGAUGAUUUUCCACUUUAAAAAUCCGCCAGACCAUCUGUCUGAUGUUGCAGUUUUUGUUAUUUUGAUUUAAUGGAAGAUGUGGAAAUUAAUGCACACGAAGCUUAUAAUUUAUUGAUCACUGUAAAAAUCUUUAUGAUACAAAUGAUUUAUCAGUCUAAGUCAAUAAAAUGCAGCUCAGCAAUUAUUUGUAACAAAUAGCAACAAUAAGUAAAUGGGACGUCAGAGAUGCCCUUCUUCAAUGUCAUAAAAACUUACGAAUUUGUCUUGAAUUAAGCAGGUAUGUGUGAAAAGAUCCUCGGGUCACAGGGGAACUUUUCAAAAAGAACUUGUGUCAUCUCUUCUAAUAUAAAUGGCUACAAAUCUAACUUUCAAAUAUUAGUCAACUGCCUUUGUGGUGAUUUGCAAAUCUCUAGUGAUGUCUUAAGUUGAUUAGAAGGCUUGACAUGAAUGUAUAAGGUUGUCUCAAACAUGGACAGACAUAAGUCAAGAAGUUUAUAUUUUGUUUUGCUCUUACUUUCGUAGCUGUUACCAGCCAUGAAAAGUGUCCAUUAUUCCUUCAAUUGAUGAUUUCAUGAUGAUUUAUUAAACUUAAGUUAAGUGCUCGAUUUUUUCCCCUAAAUGAUAUUUUUAAAGAAAGCCUCUUAAAUUAAGAGUCGUUCAUACAGAAAGAUCCUUGUGUUAUGGCGUGUGUAUUUCUUUUAUUUAUUGAUACACUACAUUAAUGUAGCAAAUGCCGCCUGUGAUGAAUGUAAAAGAAUUUUUUCAAGGUCCCAAGUUUUUAUAAUUCGCAUAAAUGAAUGAAAAAAAAACAAAAAUUUGAGAGCCAUUCUCUCAUAAUACAAAUUUUGGGAUAAUUACCCUCCUCAACUUAUCACCUGCAUCUCAUCAUUUUAGCACUCCCUCUUCCUCUAGAGUAUGCUAGCAGAAAUUUGAUUGAUUCUAUCAUGUGACUAUCUGUAAUUUAUGGAUAAUGUAUUCAUUGAGCUAUUUAUUUCAAUUCUCUGAUAGGCUAAGUUAUUUUGUCCUUUAUUACCCUGGUUCAAAAUUUCAUCAAGAAAAAAAGGUGGAUAGACAAACAGCUUCAACUGGAGUCUGUCAAACUGCAUUAAAUGCCUUAUUUUCUCCAAUGUUUUUUUUCUUCUUUUCAACAGAAAACCGUGCAACACUAUGUUUGGCAAUUCUGUAAGAAUACUUUCUGUAGCAAAAGUUUACAUGCAUUUUCAAGGCAUUCUGUUUUUGAGUCUAUGAUGGAAAAAAGAAAAUUAGGCAAUAUGAAAUGCUGUUAGGUCGAUUUCAGUUGGAGCUGUCCAGUCAUACAUCAUCAUUUUUGUGGUAAAGGCGGUCCUAACUUAACUAACUUUAGUUUUUUGAAGUUUGUUUUAUCAAAAACUGUUUGGGUUUUCAAUGGAAAGGAAAAAUCAAUAUCUAUGAUUGGAGAAUGUUUGCUGUGUAAAUGAGCCUCGAAUAUUCGAAAUUAGGCAAUGCAACGUUGCUCAGAAUUUAAUUCUAAUUUAUAACGCCGUGAAAUUUCUCUUGACUAAACGGUGUCAUUCUCUUAGACAAAAUAUCAUUGACCAAGUCUUUGCACCCGUUUUAGGCGAAGAUGAAAUAUUUUAGAAGUUCUGCGCCAACAACAAUGUUAAUGAGCGAAGCUGAAGUUAGGUUCCUGUGCGGAUCACUUGUUUCUUUUAGGUUCAUCUGGACCUCAUAAUGACUGAUAAUUGUCACUCAUCAGUCUGGUUAGCUAACAAUAUCGGUAGCAAAAAGGAUUGUUAAUUUCCUUGUUAACUAAUGGAAGCUGCUAAAAUGGAAUCUCUGAAAUGUUUAUCUUCAAAUUUAGAUGGAUGAAAACCAUGUAAUUUUAGACAUAAUUUAUCAGGGCUGACGUCAACACCUCAUGAGAAUUCCUUUUGUGUUCCACCGUCCAGUCCUAAAUAUUUUAACUAUUAAUAUUUAAAUGUGUUGAAACAACACUGUUGUUUUUGUAAAUUUUGUAAAUAUUGUGCAAAGUAUUGUUUUUAUUACGUCUUUUAGGUUCAAAAAAUGAAAAUGUAGAUUACCAAGAUAAGAAAAAAUAAAAAGUGCUUAAAAUACAAA